AUGGAGUACCCUGAGGGCGUCGAUGUCUCUUCACAGCGAUGUCAAGUGACAAGAGAUACCAUCGUUGCGGCAGCAGAACAAAUCACAGAACCACUUCGAGCGAAGUUGCUCAAAGGCCUAGAGAAGAUUGUCCCAUCCGACACCGCUGGACGACCCCGAGGACCUAUUCGACUUCGAGAUACCAAGUACAACUCCAUUACUGACUGGUGUCAGUCAUGUGGGUUGCCAGAAUGGGGUCGGCGACCUCGUACACUCAUAAUCCUCCUUAUGAUGGGUCAGCCUCAGGCCAUUGAUGGCUUCGUGGCAGAAGGUCUUUUGGAUAUUGCCCUGCCAUAUACCUCCGAGAACCUGCCUCGAGUUUUGACAGGUCGAUAUCGAGCAUUGUUUCUUGACUUCCAACAGCAUGUGCUAACUCCACAUGCCAAAUAUAUCGAACGCCCCCACAGCCUUCAUCAAAAUGUCGAAGGCAAUGCCGAUAGGUUCUUCUGGCUUAACAGGGAGCUCGGUCAUGGUGGUUUCGGCGUCGUUGAUGAAGUUACCAGCCGUCUCAGCCUCAAACGCUUUGCCCGUAAACGUAUGCCUCGAGGACGAUCUUUUGCAAGAGACCGGCGUCAACUGCAGGCGUUCGAGAACGAGAUCACGAGUCUCAAAUCCCUCGCUCACCGACACAUUGUCAAAUUGAUUGGCUCCUACACCGAUCGCCACUUUGUCGGGUUUUUGAUGCAGCCUGUCGCGGAUAUGGACCUGGACGCUUAUCUGGCAUCCACCAAGAUCGAUCUCAACGAGAAGAAGGAUCGCCUUCGCCGUUAUUUCGGAUGCUUGGCGACGGCUGUAGAGUAUCUCCACGAGAAAGGCGUUCGCCAUAAAGACAUCAAACCCAAGAACAUCCUCAUCUACAACCGACAGGUCCUGCUGACCGACUUUGGAACCUCGCACAAUUGGAAUGACGAUGGGCGAGCAACAACCGAGGGAACAUACAAGCAGGCUAUCACCAAGAGGUACUGCGCUCCAGAAGUUGCGAGUCAUGGGUCACGGAGCUUUUCGAGUGACAUCUGGUCACUAGGCUGCGUCUUUCUGGAAAUGCGCACGGUCCUCUCAGAGUUUUCUGUCGAAGAUAUGCGUCACUUUCUCAAGAGUCACGGCUCUGGCGGAGAUUUUGUUCGAGAUAAUACUGUGGGGGCAGACUUGUGGAUGAGGGAGCUCGAGCUUCAGCCAACAUGCUCGGAUGACCCUCAGCUUCUCCAGCUGGUUCGCCAAAUGUGUCGACUGAAUCCCGAUGAACGCCCACUCGCACCCGAAACAGUAUCGUACAUCUUGGACAUGGAAGGAAAGUCAUACUACGGAAUAUGUUGCAAUCGCAAUGAUCUGUCUCGUGCUGGCGACACCACCGGUAAUGGGGAAGACACGAUCACUUGUGAUGACACAAUGACUCAUGAAGACACAACGCUUUCCUUCAUACCUGAACUCGAAUUCGCAAGUCCGCAUACUGCCGAUCGAGAGCCUUUCCCUGCCAUGAGCAAUUCGGUGUACAAGGCCCCCUAUGUGGAGGACGGUACAGUGACUGUCUUGGUGGAAGUGCCUCAACAACCGGUAAACAACCAAAAAUCACAACCAGAUGGAGAGGAUCCGGGUGACUGUGUUACACCGACUGAACUGUCGCACACGACGAAUUCCACAGCAGAGGGAUCACCAGAUAUGGUCACGUCGCAUCCAGCUUCCGGGGUCGACGGGACACCACGUGAUGAGGAUAUCUCACAUCACUUUCAAUGCUUCUGGCCUGGCUGUACUUUUGUGGCGGAAGCUUCGCAAGGCAAUGCUGGUGGUCAAAGUCGAGUACGAGGGCAUCUUCGAUCCGAACACGGCACACACGAUUUCGGGUAUUCGACACUGAGAGGGGACGAUCCUGGCCCCCACAUGGAUACCACAGCAAGUCCAGGUAGAUUUCCGAGCUCAAACAUAGCACUCGAGAUGCUUCCGGUAACAAUAACUGGACAGAGUGCAGAAGUCUCUGACCCAUACAUGGACACAUUGCUACGGAAAAGGGACGAGCUGAAAAGUCUUUUCCGGGAUCGGGCAAGUUCUGGACACGGCACCAACGACGAUGGCGCUGUGGAAGUAGCAAACACGUCAACGGCACGUCGUGUACGCUUCGACCUCUCUGCAGACAGAACCCGAUCAUUUUCGCCAAUGCACACGGACAAAAGCGAGAGGCCAACACAGAACACUAGCACGAAGCUGUUCGCGAUCGACCACCUUGGACAAUCUCACCAGAAACUGCUCUGGCACUUGACAGAUGGAGACAGAGCAACAACAACAGCAAAAGUCAAGGAGCGAGUCCUGCCGAAUGCCUCACUGGUGCCGUCCUUGUAUUUGGCAUCAUGCAACAUCUUUGCCGAAACCCAGCUUCGAAGCAUGUUCUCCCAAACGUGGGCAACAGGCAACGCACUCCCAGUCUUUGUGUAUGGGAGUUUCAUGUUUCCAGCCGUACUGAGUGCAAUCGCUUCCCAUUUCUCCAGCGAGGCUGGAGUUUACUCGGAAGAGCUUCAACGGCGCCUUCAGACUGAUUCUGAAGACUGGGCUGGUAUGAAUAAAUCACUCGAAGAUGCAGCCGCGCAGAUGGCUCCUGCAACGCUACGAAAUUACUCUCGAUGGAGAGCUCCUGAUUUCAACUGCGCAUCUGCGGCUGUUACUUAUGGGUCGGAGGUGGCAGGCUACCUACUUUUCGGUUUAUCACACGAGGCUGUGUUAUGUCUGGAAUACAUGCUUACUUCGAAGGAAUACUCGUCUCUAUUCUGGGAAAGAUCGCCUGCCUACGAGAUUCAGCCUUCUACUCCCCAGUCGAAGAUUGGCAAAGCUAGGAGAGGUGAACAGAGAUAUUCUCAGGUGACUGAGCGGUGGCCGUCAUGGCUGUCCUUCACGAAGCAAACUGUCAUGGUCGACAUCCCAACCGAAGACGGAACAGUCAUCGCUAUGGAAGCUGACACGUUUCUGGCCCAGAACACCGAUACUCGCGAUUGGGAGCCGUGGGAUAUCCACCGCUUCGCCAGAUGUCGCAGUUUCCGAAAGCUCUCAUUCGACAUCGAUUGGAGUAGGGAGGAAGAAAGCCUUGCCAAAGACAUCGGAGUUCGUCAUCUACUGCCUGGCGAUGUUCUACGCGAUGCGAUCAUGUCUGAUGAUGGAGAAAGAAUUCUGGCGCUUAUGCACCAAGGCCAUGAUGCGAAUGCCACCUGCGGUACCUAUGGAAACGCCUUAACAGCUGCGGCAUUCAAAGGCAAUGCCGACACAUUAUCGCUCUUACUUGAUUCCGGUGCAAACCCCAACUGUGACGGGGGAGACUACGGUAGUCCACUCAUCGCGGCAACUGUUCAGGGCAACGAGGAAUGCGCCUGCCUACUACUACGGCGGAAAGUAGAUGUCCUUGCAGAUGGCGGUCGGCAUAUCUCAGCCAUUUAUCAGGCGGUCAACUUCUCAGAUCUCGCUUUGGCGAAAAUUCUGCUGGAAAAGGGCGCCUGGCUGACCCCGAGCUACCAAGAACUGAUGGACCUCGCAGCUGAGAGAGAUAACCUGGAGAUGCAGCAACUUCUCCGCAAGUACGAUGUUAAGUCGCUACAUUUGAACAGCGCUCGCUCUCGGUCUCGGUCUCGCAACAACGAUCUCCCCAGUCUGAGCCAUACUACAUGGACUCAGUCCCGGUCGCCUCCGCAACCAGCGUCCGCUGGUACCCUGACGGACACAAUCGUCAAUGGCAUACUCAAGGACCCAGGCCCAAUCCUAAAGACCUUGGUGCUCCAGACCCUUGUACUCAAGGGUCAACGAGGCAAAUGGACAGGCAUCAAGGGAGUGACCGUUCUGCGAGAAGCAAUCAAGGCUGGUAUGCCGGACGGCGUUGUCGAUCGACUCGCACCACAUCUCGGCGACGCCGGGGACAUCCUCGAGUGGUUGAAAAUGUCCUUGAAUGACUACAACCAAGAAAGCACGCAGCCGAACGACCAACGUCGACACACAAUCAGUGAAGGUGUCGGAGACGCGCCACAAUCUGAUCGAGAGCAGCAGCAUGAUCGCAGAUACUCCGAGUCGGACACUCCGAGUCCGCUGCAAGGCCAUCGAUCCGAUCCAUAUCGCUCCAGGCGUCGCCACGAGAACACAUCGAGUGGCCACCGAGGAAGCAGCAGCUCCCUCCCCACAUACAGCUCUCUGGACCUCCAGCAACCACUCGGCGUCGGCGACCGCAGCGGCAUCGUCUGCAUCUCCUGCGACGGCCACGGCGGCCGACCGGGCACCGGCAUCCAGUGCCAAACCUGCCACGGCAAGCGAAAGGUACGGCGAAGGAGCUCGUCGUCGCGAUCACGCGACCGUGUCGUCACCAUCUGUCCCGGGUGUGUCGGCAAAGGCGUCGUCUACUCGAGCAGGGAUGUAUGUCGGGAUUGUAGUGGGACUGGCGGGUUGGGGCCAAUGGCCCAAGGGACCAUUCCGGAGGAGCCGCCGCCACCUUAUGAGGAUGGUCGUUGA